UCACAGAGAACUGCUGGUCUGCAGACGAGAACUCAACUACAUCCGCGAAUGAAUCAAAUGAUUCCUGCAUUUAUCGUCUGCUCGGAACAAAAAAAGAAAACUUUCAUUCUUCGCCUCAAACGUCAACACGCUCUAAUCAAAUAAAGGAAACUAUCGGUGCUCUUUCGAAUUUAUUAUCCUGUGCACUUAGCGAAAGUGAAAAGGAAUAAAUUUAUAAUUUUCCGUUUCUCUUGCAAAAACAAAUGAUAAAAUUAUUUACAGAAAGCUAAAAAAUAAAAUUAAUUACUACAAAAUAAAAUAAAUUUAGUGUUUAAAUUGACAAGUUAACCUAAUGGGGCCUAGAUGGCCUCUAGAAUAUGUGCAAUAUUAUGACUAUGUUUAUUCUUCAAACUUUCCAACUCGGCUGAUUUAAUCAGCAAACGAUUUUGAAACGUUAUUAUUUUAUUAUUAUCGUAAAAAUAGUGUACAAGUUUGUUCCAAACUCAAAAGAAGUAUGAUUGUUAACAAAGUUUCGGAUAUAAUGCUGCAUGGAUUUAAAACAAAGUGUGAAAGCAAUCAGUGCUGUAGUUUUUUGUCCCGGGACAAAAAAGUUCGUGCUGUAUCUUCAGCAGGAAAUAGGCCGGGAUUUAUUAUCAGGCCUAACCUAAAAUUUCAAGCAUUGCUACUGCUUUUUAUGUAUGGGCUUCAAACAUUUAAUGUUGGACAUGCAGCCUCUGUAUCAAAUGAAUUUGGAAGCGAUGUAUAUCUACGGCAUAGCAGGCAAUUAUUCACUUCAGACAAACCGAAAGGAUUUGCACCUCCUGCAAGAGUCAGUGACUAUUGGACAUUAUUGAGUCACGUGACUCCAUCCUUUGAUAAUACUUCUCCGAAAAACAUGACGACGCAACUGGGGCAAACAGUAUACCUACAUUGUGUAGUUAACAACCUUGGCGACAAAACAGUUUCUUGGAUAAGGAGACGAGAUUUUCACGUCCUAACAGUUGGACUGGAUACUUAUACCACGGAUGACCGCUUCGAAGCUAUUCACAUGGAAAAGAAAAACGACUGGACUCUGAAGAUUAAGUUUGCGCAGCUGUGGGACGAGGGAUUGUACGAGUGCCAAGUCAGCUCUGAUCCGAAAAUUAGUCUAUUUGUGAACCUCAGUAUUGUAGUUGCAAAAGCAACAAUUUUAGGUCCACAUCCACUUUUCCUGAAGACUGGCAGCUCCAUCAACUUGACAUGCGUCAUCACCCAAAGCCCUGAACCACCAGUGUUCGUAUUCUGGUAUCACGACGAUAGGAUGAUCAAUUAUGAUUCUUCAAGAGGUGAAAUCUCUAUGUACAAGAGCUCAGAAGAUUCAACUACCAGUCGAUUAUUCAUCAAAGAUGCAACAGCAGAAGAUUCUGGAAACUACACCUGUUGUCCUUCCAACACGCAAGCAACAAGCAUUCCCGUAUACGUCUUAAACGGUACUUAUGGAGAAAGACCCGCCGCAAUUCAACAUGAUGCCAAUAUAUCUACAUCCUCUUCGUCCAGUCCGAGUUUUUCAGUUUUGUUCUUCCUUGUCUUGACAGCAAUGGUUACGAGGUGACAACGCCAUCUAGUGAUGCCUGCUAGUACUACCGAGCUUUCGGCUCCAAUCACACUUGAGAACGAUCUGGAAGAUUUAAGAAACAUACAUCCUUAAAUUAAAAAUAUAUAUAUAUAUAUGUGGAAUUAAAUAGUUUCGACGUUUCGUGUCGAGUAUUUUGAUUGAAACAAAUAAUUUCGUCGAACGAUUCCCGAAUCAAUUGAGCUGAAGAAACUAUAGCUCUGUAUUUGAUCUUCUUUUUCAUGAAAACUUUUUUUUCCCCUUUGGCAUUGGAGACAAGACUAAAACAUUCGUGUCGACAAGAGUCAAAGAUUGGAGUUUAAUCAAAUAAAAACUAAAUUUAUAAAUCAAGAAUUCUUGCGAAUACAAUUUUUUUCUAAAAACAUAAACCAUAAGCAGUGUUGAUAAAGUUUAAAGUGUAUCAUACUACAAAAGGUGAGAAUUGUAUGUAUUCUUUCUACAAAUAAUUAUCAUAAACUACUUAUAUCCAAGUGGAACUUUUUUCACAUUCUCUGCUUGGAAAAUUGAAGCUUUCUUUUUACUACAUAUUUAUCUUCAGCGUGUACUGGAACCUGUGCUAUAAUUUUUAGAGCAUGAAGUACGUCUCCAUACCGUAUUACGCUACGAGGACAAAAAAAUAUAGUUUACAGUGUUGUUUCUUGUGUACAAUACAUAGAAGAAACAGUAUUAUUGAACGAAAAAUAUUUCAUUAAAAUCAUGGAUAAAACUGCAUGAAGGAAUUCCCACGUCGUUUGACGGAAAUAACUGAAACGUUUAGUUUAUUCACUUUAUACAGGCGAAUUUUUUAUUCUUAAUAAAAAUGCAGCAUCCCGCUUUGUAUUAAUGAGACAAGGGAUCAAAUAUGAAUUUUUGGAGUAAUUUAGUUAUAUUCGUUCAAAAGUAUAUUUUGUGAGUCAGGUUUUUAAAACACCUUUGGGAAAACAAUCUAUGUUUAUUCAUGAAGUCUCGUGCAUUUAAAAACACACUGCUUUUAUUUGGAUAAGUUUAUUUAUUUUUUUUAAAGUAAAAUGUAUAUUUUUAUUAUUAACUGGGAAUAGGGAUCAAAGCAUAAAUAUUUAUAUAGAACUCAAAAACAACAUAGCAUUUUUUGAAAACUAAAGUUAGUGCAGUUUACACAACAAAAAAAAAAGAAUGUUCAAGGGUAAAAAACAGUUAAAUUCUCAGAAAAAAUAUAAAUAUAAUCUGGAAUUGCUUCCAAAUGUAGAAUUCUGUGGGGUUAGGUUUAGGAAUAAUGCUGAGUUUUGUUUUGUUCUAAAUAUUGUUCUUUGUGACUAAAUAUAAUUGUAUAGACUAAUUGGUUAAGAUCUUCAUUCGUUCCAAAAAUAUACAAAUUGAAAAAGAAAUAAGUGCCCAUUUCAAUACUUGCCAGAUGUGAAUGAGAAGAAGCAAAAGUGAUUAGAAACAUAAAAUUUAAAGUUGCCAACGAAAAAUAUCAAAUAAAGAGAAAAAUCCUAACUAGAAAAACCACUGUAGCCGAGAGAGAGAAAAAGAUGAAAAACAAAAAGAGAAAAGAAAAAAACUAGGGAAAAUGAGUGCCUGUUUUUGAGAGAUUGAAACACGUCGACUGUUAUUUCUAAUUUGUAUAAUUUUGAAGCAAGUGAAGCUUUUUAUCAAGUAAUAUCUCAUUGCUUAAAUUUCUUGAGAUUAUUUAUUUAAUCAUGGUACAAAGCGUGCUUAGUGAAAUUUUUGGAUUACUUGAUUUAAGUGAAUUCUAACUAACAUGAUUUCCAACUUCAAAUAACAUGUCGACUGUUUUUCUUUUUAUUUUUAUUUUUAAAUAACUUCAAGAGGAUUAAUACUUUCAAAGAUACACUAAAAGUUGUCUAAAAAUAUAUCAAAUUAUUUAUGCAACUGAUUUCAUCGUUUAAAUUAAUAGCAUUUUUACUUUGUUUCGCUAUUGAAUAACAUCAAUAAAAAAAUGUUUUCUGUUCUGAAAAAUGCACAAGUCUUUGUUAAACUGAGUUAAGCAGCAUUUCAGUAACUGAUCUUUAAAAUGUUCGUUUUUAUAACUUAUGUUUCGCUAAUUCUCAUUUUUCAUUAUUAGUUCAUCGCGGGCAUAACAAAUUUUCUUGAUUCAAUUCCCACCGUACAUAAAACGUUGUAAUUUCCAAAAAGAUUAAAGAAACAUUUUAAAUAACUGUCGCAACCUGAUAUACGUAAGAUUUCACUUGCAAAUUAAAGUAAUUUUUAAGCUGAUCUAUUAGGGAAGCUAAAUACUCCUAACUAUUAUUAAAAUAAAAAAAUAAUAAUUUUCAAUGACAAAGGUUUACUAUCGUCAAGAAGUAAUAUUAGAAAUUGCAAUAAUAAAUAAUUAUUGUAAGUAGUAAAAAAUUCUUUGCACUGAGUAAUAGUUUUUGUUUAUAAUGAAAAAUACACCAAUUUUUAAGUUUAAU